AUGGUGAGUUCUAUGAUCUAUCCGAAUCAAUUUCUUCCGGGCGCGGGCGUCCGGGGUUGUGGAGAGCUCGAAUCCAUUCCCUUACGCCCCUCCGAAGUGGCACAGACAUAUUCCUGGAUUGGUUCGCUGACUGGGCGGUUCCUCGCAUUUGCAUCAAGGCUUUCUCCCGCGAGUGAAGUCUUCGUUACUGGCACAUUCGACGAUUGGGGCAAGACAGUGAAAUUGGAUCGGGUGGGAGACAUUUUCGAAAAGGAAGUGUCUCUUCCGAUCGGAGAGAAGAUUCAGUAUAAGUUUGUUGUCGACGGAAUUUGGACCACCGACAAACGUGUACGCGAAGAGAACGACCAUUCCGAUAAUCUUAACAACGUGCUUCUACCGGAAGAGAUCCAGACCCAGACUCCGAGUCAGAACCAGACCCAGACCCAGACCCAAACCGAACCCUUUGAUCAGAACCAAGACACCACAACCCCCGCCACUGCAGUUAUGUCUGGCGUGACCCCUGACUCCACUACCGCCAUCCUGGCGGCCAAUGUCCCCAAGGAAGAACAGAAUGGUCACCUCCCGGGCGCUUUUCCCGACACCCCCGGACAAGAGUCCGAACAAAUCUUCUCUGUGAAUCCAAUCCCAGCAUCCGGUGGAUACGGGAACCCGAUCAAACUGAACCCUGGCGAGAAGGUCCCCGACCUCAGCGCGAUCCAUGGCAACACUGUCAACUCGACCGUGAAACUGGACAAGGAGUCCUAUGAAAAGAGCGAUAGCGUGCCCCUCAGCAGCGCUGGCACCCAAAGUGACACCGCCGGCCCCAGCGCUUUCACCUUGCCCCCCGUAUCCAGAAACCUCAUCCCCGAAUCUAGUCUGCCUAUGGGCGGUCCUGCUCAACGUGCUGCCACCAACGAACAAGAUCAAUUCCAAGCUGGAGGUCCUGCGCAACAGGCUGCCAUGGCUGACCCCGGUUUCACCAUUCAAUCUGCCCACCCUUCAUCCACUACCGCUGCACUGGCCGCGGAAGUUCCCUUGGAGUCAGUGAAGGAGAACCAGACAAAUGGCACUGCUCCUGUGAAUGAAGUCCCCGAUGUAGUGAAGGAGUCUAUUAGCGAGGCUCAGCAAGACCCCGAGGCCACAACUAAUAAGGAGGCCGUGGAAGAGAAAAAGCUGGUUGAACAAGAGCUUGCCAAGAAGGUCGAGGUGGACGAGUCCACUGGCGCCCCUGCCCCCACUGAGACCGCUGCCACUUCCGCCAAGGCCCCUGGCCCCACCGCUGCUGGUGUCACUGCUGCUCAUUUGUCUUCUGGUGGCUUCGACUCUGCCGAUGUGUCCCCGACCUCAAGCCCACCCCCGGGCCAUGCGGCGCCUACCUCCGCUCCUGUUACCUCCGCGCCUGCUACUUCUGAGCCUGCCACCUCCGCGCCCAAGACCACUGAACCCGAAACUCAACCGACAGUGACCACUGGUGCAGAGACUGCCCCGACCCCCCAAGUCAGCUCUCCUGCCAAGCAGACUACUACCGGUGCUAGUGCCGGAAGUGUUCACAAGGAUGAGAAGCACGCUGAUAAGAAGAAGCACCGCCUUAGCGGGUUCUUCAACAAGCUCAAGGAGAAGCUGAAGUAG